AUGGGAAUUGGAUGGGAAGUUUCGAACGAGGUUGUCUUGUUGGCCGUGUCCACCAGCGGCACCAACCUCCAGCUCGCCGCCAAGGAGAAGGGGAUUGCCAGGGUGUUACCAGAGCAGGGCAAGGCACUUUCGAGUCUGUUCGGCUUUACCGGACUGUCGCGCGGAAGCAACAAUGAGCUGAAGGAUGAUCCGGAGGUAGUCCAGGCAGCCAUCAAGUUUGAUGGUCUUUCGCUGCAAUUUGCUUCCGAGCGGCUUCGGGCGGACAGAGACAUGGUUCUGGCUGCAGUUAGUCAGAAUGGCUGCGCACUGGAGUUUGCCAGCGAGGCACUCCGGCAAGAACGCGAGGUUGUCUGGCAGGCAGUAAACCGAACGCCACGGUCAUUGGCCUUGGCUUUGGGUGGCCUGGCCGAUGAUGAAGAGCUGGAGGAGCUCGCACGCGACGUCCGCUGCCGCAUUCAGGAAACUGGACGAUGA